CAACCUGGUUGAAAGACCUCGCUUAAAAAUCGAGGCUCGUUACCCGUAUUGCCAUGAUGAUGACUAUCAUAGUAUAGGUCAGGGGUUUACGUUAGCGACGUAUUAUAGCUGCUAUAGCUCCCCCGCAUUCCCCAGAUUGCUAGCCAAUUUGGAAUGUUUACCCCAAAUGCCUAGAAAUCUAACAGGACUAGGGGAUCAUGUUAAAGAGAUUAGACUUGAUAUUUCGGUGAGGUUUAUGCCGAGGUGACAACUCGAUAGAAUACAAAUAAACGCCCAUAUGGAGGAAUUAAAGUAUACCCCUAGAAUGAGGGAUCAGAGGUUCGAGGAUAUCUUCGUGGUUAAUCCAUUAUGGCGCCUUUCUUACUACUAUCCCUAUUGCCGGCAUUAGCCUUGGCGGCAAUCGAUAGACGCGCUGUAGUCUCUCGUUUCAAUGUCGUUCGUUCAAAAAUUCCAGAGGAGAUAACGAACCAAACGACGCCUCUUCAGGUUGGCAAUGGAGAUUUCGCUUUCAAUGUGGAUAAUACUGGCAUGCAAACAUUUAUACCCUUCAAUACUUUGUCAAGUUGGGGGUGGCAUAAUGAUUCCUUGCCGACAAACGGCGAGAAAUUGAGCGAUUAUCACGGCGUGGAGGUGUUAACCCAUGAUAAAAACGUCUCCUACGAUCUUGAAGACCCGAAUCUACCCGAAGUAUCGAAAUGGCUUACUGCGAACCCCAAUCGCGUCAAUCUGGGCCGUAUCGGGUUAAAAUACAAGGGCGAUACUCUUGCGCAGUCACUAAUCACGGACCCGCGACAAGAGUUAGACGUAUGGAACGGCGUUAUCACGUCAACUUUCAAGGUUGAUGGACAAGACGUAAAAGUGGUGACUCAAGGGGAUUUUGAAACCAAUGCUGUCACUUUCCAAAUUGAAUCGGAUCUCAUCUCAUCUGGAGAUUUACAAGUUGAACUCGAUUUCCCUUACCCUCCGAAGCAUAACGUAACGUCAUCUUCCGACUUCGAAAUAUUCAUGGGAUCUUAUGACUUCCCUUUGAAUCAUACCACUUCAAUUGUGACUGACCUCAAGGGACCCCGCAAUGGUAUUGCUCAUAUACACCAUGAAAUGCAGGAGACUACUUAUUAUGCCAAUCUACGGUGGCCCUGCAGGUCUCCCUUAUCGCUAACGCGCAACGAACCUCAAGGCUCCAGCAAGGUGACCGCGCAUCGAUACACACUCGCUCCUACGGCGUCUUCCCACCAGCAUAAUGCUCCCACAUCAAUUUCAUUCACUGCCCAAUUCUCCCUUGAUCUGGAAUUACCCGCUUCUCCGUCAACGAUACAGAGGCGCAACCCUUUGGCUUGGAAUAAAUAUUGGAGUGAAGGAGGCUUCGUCGAUCUCACCGAGUCAUCUAACCCAAAUGCUACCGAACUUCAACGACGUAUCAUAAUGACUCAAUACUAUAUGAGGGUGAACAGUGCGGCAACGGGACAGAUACCUCAAGAAAGCGGUCUUGUUUAUAAUGGAUGGUGGGGAAAAUUCCAUCUCGAAAUGGUGGUUUGGCACUGCGCUCACUGGGCUACGUGGGGCCGACAGCAAUAUUUCGAUAAUAUCUUCCCUGCGAUGUAUGAGACUCUAAUGCCCACUUCCAAAGCUAGAACUCAGCGUAUGGGAUGGGAUGGAGCUAGAUGGCCCAAGAUGACCGAACUUGGGACUGGAGGAAUCGCCCCAGGCGAAACUCGUGCAUAUUUGAUGUGGCAGCAACCCCAUCCUAUGUAUUUGGCAAAACUCGCUUAUCAAGCCAAGCCAACUCGUCGAACCCUGGAAGAAUGGGAUCGAGUUGUAACUGCAACGGCUGACUAUAUGGCUUCUUUUGCCUGGUUUAAUGAAACAACAGGUCAUUACGAUCUUGGACCACCAUCAAAAGGUGUUACGGAAAACUCUUUUCCGCUGGAGACCCGCAACCUAGCGUAUGAAAUUGCGUAUUGGAGAUGGGGUUUGGAUGCGGCGGCGGAUUGGAAGAGGAGACUUGGACAGACUGUUCCUGGGCAAUGGAGUACCGUCGCAGAGAAAUUAGCUCCCCCGCCGCAGAUCGAUGGCAUGUAUAUCCCCUGGGAAGGUUCCGGAUUGAAUAGUUCGUGGUGGGAAGACCCGAGUCUUAGCAAAGACCCCCGCAGUGUCAUCAUGUUACAGGGAAUUCUUCCGGAUACGCCUGCUGUUGAUCCUGAAGUUGGUCUGAGAACUUCGAAUAAGAUGUGGGAAGUUUGGACCGAUACCAAUAUCCGAGGUUGGGGACGAUCCGUUCUCGCAAUCAACUCAGCUCGUGUAGGGAAUCCUGAGCGCGCCAUCCACCACAUGACAAACUAUGGCUACUGGCCUUUCGAUGAUGCUGGUAUGCCUACUCGAUCCGGACCUAACCCUUCGCCACCGCCAUAUUUCCCAGGUGGUGGCAGUUUCCUCUAUGCGAUCGGAUAUAUGGUUGCAGGUUGGGAAGGCUCCGAAGGUGACGCGCCAGGAUUUCCGAAGGAUGGGACUUGGGUUGUCAAACAUGAAGGCCUUCUCAAAGCCCUCUAAUUUUAUAAUUCAGAUGAAUAAUAACCUUAAUUAAUUUUCAUGAAUUGCGGAGCUUCAGCCGUCGAGUCGUUAUUGACGCAAGGCCUUCCUACAGGCCUUCAAGGUUCUAUGGUGAACUCCAGGACGGCGAUGCACUACUACAAUGGCGUCCUGAAACCCGCCAACAAACC